CGGCGUGGAAAGAAGGUUUCUUCCGGGCGACCAGGGGCAGGAACUUUUCCUUUCGCUUCCUGACAACACGAUGGACUGGAGCGCAGACCACGGUAGCCACAUGCAUGACGGGUGCCAGCAUGGCCACGGAAAUCACGGCCACAGUCACGGCGGCAGGUCACACCCCAUGAUGCCGUCUUUUCAUGGGCCAUUUGGGCAGAAACCCGAGCAGGUCAUUCAGAUGAGUCAGCAGCCAAAUAAGCGCUCACUCGUGGAGGAUGGAAGCAGCUGGGACAUUGUCAAGGCAACACAGUUUGGCAUCCUUGAGCGAUGUAAGGAGCUGGUGGGUGCAGGGUACGAUGUCCGUCAGCUGGACAAGGAGAACGUCUCGCUUUUGCACUGGGCAGCCAUCAACAAUCGUUCGGAGCUUGUCAAAUAUUACAUGUCUGAAGGGGCAAUUGUGGACCAGCUGGGAGGAGACCUGAAGUCCACCCCUCUUCACUGGGCCAUAAGGCAGGGCCACCUCCCCAUGGUGAUACAACUCAUCCGAUAUGGCGCGGAUCCCUCCAUCGCUGACGGAGAAGGUUAUCGAGCGCUUCAUCUGGCUGUACUUUUCCAGCACAUGGCCAUAGCUGCGUAUCUAAUGGCCAAAGGGCAGGAAGUUGAUGGACCAGACUUGAAUGGACAGACGCCUCUGAUGUUAGCAGCCCAGAAGAUUAUCGGGCCAGAGCCCACAAACUUCCUAAUCAAGAAUAAUGCGUCAGUUAGCGCUGUGGACAAGGUGAACCGGAACACGCCGUUGCACUGUGCGGUGCUUGCAGGAAAUGUGGAUGCUGCCCACGUCCUGCUCGAGGCCGGAGCCAGCGUGGAUGCUGAGAACAUUAAUGGCCACACACCGAUCCACCUGGCUCACCAGGUGAACAGCCCGCUGCUCAUGCAGAUGCUCAAUCACGUGAAACAGGAACGAAUUCGCUCCAACUCCCGCUGCCAGAGAUUCAUCAGCAGAUACAGUGUUUUUCUUGUGUUCUUGUUUUGGGUGGCCAUUUUUGGAAGCAUUGCUGCCAUUAUUGAUAUGGACUCCGACUCGUGGUUGCUCAAAGGAAUCCUACUGGGCUGCGUGGCUUUUGCAAGCAAUCUUGUGCCAAGGAAAUUCCCCCCUAAAAUGUUCCAUUCCCUCCUUCCAUCCACUGGUCUCAUGGCCUCAGUCUUUUGGAUGAUUGUCACCUGGUGCCUGUGGUUCCCAGCAGAUGGGCACAGUCCCAGCGUUCAGGUUCUGUUCACUCUUGUGGCCACUGCACUUGUCCUCUGCUACCUCCGCACCUGUAAGACCGACCCAGGGUUCGUCAUGGCCUCCGAGGAGAAGAAGAAAAUGAAUGUGUUGGUGUUGGCCGAGGCCGGCUACCUGGACCCUCGGGUGUUCUGCACGUCUUGCAUGAUUAAGAAACCAAUGAGAACGAGCCACUGCUUCAUAUGCGAUGCCUGUGUGGACAAGCAGGACCACCACUCCAUCUGGACCAACAACUGCAUCGGUGCGAGAAACCACAGGUUCUACAUCUUCUUCCUCUUCACCCUCAUGUUGUUGGGCUCCUUCAUGUUCUAUGGUUGUCUUUCACACUGGUCCAUCCACUGCAUAGAGAAAUCGGGCGACGUGGGUUUUUGGGCUGUACUUAGCGCUGUUGGCUGCUCCCCUUGGCUUCUCAGCGUUUUCCUGCUGGCCUUCUACCACACCUGCUGGUCAGCACUUUCCCUGCUGCAGCAGCUCUACCAGAUUGCCUAUUUGGGACUGACCACUUCAGAGAGACUGAAUUUGAUCUUCCACCAGAGGAGACAACGACAGUCCGUCCCACUGCGGCAAAAUCCUUACAAUUUGGGAGUGAUGCGGAACCUGGUGACGUUCUUCCAGCUGCGAUGUUGCGGCCUCUUCAAGCCGGCCGUCAUCGACUGGACCCAACAGUUUCCUCCGUCUCCAGACCAGCAUGUUUUCGGACACUCAGAUAUGGUCUGAUCUGCCUGACCCCCCGCCCACGUACACAGUCCUGGGUGAGACUAUUCACCGCUUCUGGGCCAAAAAUAUUUGGAGAAUAGAGUAUAUUUAUUUAUUUUUAUAUCAAUCCAUUCGUUUUAAGGGAAAAACAAAGAAACAAAAUCCUGGUAUUGGAAAGUGGAACUUUGUUGGUUUACAGUUUUUAUACAAACGUUGCCUUAUUUUAAUAAUCCCACUCAAAUCACUGUUGAGUGUUUGAAACUGACCUGUUAAAUCGCGUUUGUUACAGUCACGUGUCUCAUUCCCUGACAUUUGCUUUGCCAAAAUGUGGCCUGAAGAUUGACGUUUGCCUCUCAGUGACAUCACAUAUGUCGCCUCAUGAACGGUCAGCUACUGCGUUUGCUUUGCCAGUAGAGGUCGCUGUUCUUUGCCAUGUAAAUUUGUUCUUGUUUAUUCAUGGACGUUUGUGAAGGUCGCAUGUUUAAUAAUAAAACACCAAUAUUACAGUAUAA